CAGCGGCAGCCAUCGAGUCGUCAGACGCUUAUAUUGGGCCGCUACGGUGCCACUCGAUGAUCAGUUGUCCUCAAGCUUCCACUACGAUAAGAUGUUGUCACGACCAAGUUUUCUCCUUGUGUUGGCCUGUGCUUACGUCCAUGUCUCGUCCGUUCCACUCGUCGGUCCACUUGCUAUCCGGCCAUUGAUUUGCCUCAACAAGAUCACCAACCAGUCAGGCGUGUGCAUGUUCACGAUGGAUUGCCAUCGCAUUAAUGGGACGGCGUUGGGCGUGUGCGGCGAUCGUUUUUACUUUGGCUCGUGCUGCGUCGUGCCCGCCUUGGAUGAAGAGUUGAACGUCCUAGAACGGACGGCUGGUGCGUCGACCAAGCGGUGGCAAACACCGGGCACUUAUCUAUUGGAAAUGAAAGAGCAGGAAGACCGUUCACUUUCCUCAUCGGAAGAACUUCAAAUAGAGGAUUUCUAGAAGAAUUCAAGCUCUAGAAAAAAACGACGACGAUGAAUUGGAUAUUUUUAUGCUGGUCCAAUUCUCUUUGUACGAGUGUGUCAUAAUAUAGCGCUGGUCGCUUCUGGUAUAGAUACGUAUGUCAAUUGUUCGUCUAUUUUUAUUUUGUUAUGCAAUCAAUACAUAUACUCUCGUUACUAAUA